UUACCUGUGGUCGCGGACUCCUGGGCUGCUUAGUAACAAAAUGGCGGCAGACGAAGGCGAACUCAAAACUGUUUUGCUCGCUCCCGAAGCCGAGCUUUACGUACAAGAGCUGAAGACAUUCCCCGUUAAACACAUUGGUAGCCCUAAGUGGAUGAGCCAACAUGAGUUUGUGGAGAAGCUCAAUAUGCAAGCCGUUCUCUGCGCCUCAUCUCACACAGAUGAGUUUGUCAAGGAUUUCCUUAUUACACUUGAAAAAAUUCCAGUAUUGAUUCAUGAGCUGAUUGCAUUGGAGUUAUGGAAAGCAAAGGUCUUUCCUAAGAUCAUAGCUGCAGAAGGAUUCAAUCCACAAAGCACUUUGCCUCUCUAUUUUACAUUAUUCCAUGAAGCAAGCUUAAUAGGUCUUCUAGAUACUGUGCUUUAUCAUAAGGACUCGUGUGAAGCUGCUGAAGAUAAUAUACUUGACCUUCUGGAUUAUUGUCACAGAAAAAUCACACAUCUGAUAGCCAGUCAGGAGACAGGCAUUGUAAAUGAUGAAGAAAAGACUGGAACAAAAGGUUGUGAUGCUUGUAGUUUAGAGGAUCUUAAAGCUCAAGAAAAUGAAAUUACAUUUGCAGCAGCCGUCAAAGCUGUAUCUAUAUUUUCCUACAUUACAGACCACAUUAAAAGUAUUUCAUUAAGUGCACUUACCAGAAUUCUAAACACCUAUGAUAUGCCUGUUGUUCUUACAAACCUGGUGGAGAGUCCUCCUUGGGUCAGGAGAAACAAAAAUGGGCAGCUAGAGAAGUUCAUUGACUCAAAGUGGAGGAUAGUGAAUGAAUCAGACAGAAUGCAGCUGAGCAAGACUGAGGGACAGGUUUGGCUUGCUUUGUUCCAUCUUCUGAUGAAUGAAGAUUGUCAACAAAAAUAUGAAAUAAAUGACUACAAAAAGAGUCAGAUUCUAAAGUUAAGAGGGUACCUAAAUGAGAUCCUACUGGACCAGAUACCAAGCCUGGUGGAUCUGCAGCGGUACCUGGAACACCUGGCAAUUAUGGUGCCUCCUGCUACCAAGAGGGACAUCAUCUUAGAGCAGGUUCCAGAGGUCAGAGACAAUCUCAUAAAACAGAACACUGGACAAUGGCUGAAAAUUGCUGACUACCAGAGGAAGAACUACUUUACCCCCUCAGAUUCUGAUGUGAGGAAGCAAGCCCAAGCUUGGGCUGCCACAUACAAUCUGGAUGCUCUUGAAGAGCUUAUAUCUGAGCCACCAAAAUGUGCAAACUGUGGAAAGCCAGCAACUAAGCGAUGUUCUCGAUGUCAAAACGAGUGGUACUGUAAAAGGGAAUGCCAAGUAAAGAAUUGGAGUAAGCAUAAGGGCAUUUGUAACUUGUUAGCACAGAGCUCAUAGUGCUUAUAUACCAUAGGAAGGAUACAUUAAGAUACUUUGAGAUACUUGAGUGGGGGACAUGGAUUAUGUGACCAUCACCUCAGUUUCUUGGAAGGUUUAAUCUGCAAGUGAUAUCUCUCCUUUUUUUAUAAAGACUUGCACAUAUAAAAUAUUGUACAGAGAACAUAGGUUUUCUACCGUCCAAAGACUCCCAAACAAAAAGGCCAUUGGGAACCUUUCUGUUAUACCCACUUUCCCAGUUAUACCCCACCCUCACUGCCAUACCCCACCUGGGGUCCAUCAAGAGGACAUGCAAUUCACUGGUUAUUUUUAAUUUAAUGGGGCACAGGGCCAGUAUAUUUUAGGUAGUGACAAGCACAUUCCUCAUAAAAUUUAGGUCUACCUGUCAUGUAACAUUGUAAAUAAAUUGCUUGUCAUGUACAUAAUAAAUGAUAACCAAAAUUA